CGGCGCUUUCUUUGACCUAGAAAGGCGCGUCACUCUGACAGAAAACGAAAACAUCCGCCAAAAUCAAAACAAAACUACAAAUAUCAAGUUGCAAAUCUAGAAAAUGUACAACAAAACGGUGCUAGAAAAUGUAGUCGAUUGGUUAAUAGAGACCAAAGGCACUGUCGUUAAUGUGGCCAGUCCCCUUCUGUACGAGAUCAUCGCCAGUGUCGUGUUUCUGUUGAUGAUCACUCGCGGACGGAAGACAUGGAUGGACUGCAUGCACUUGUUUAGCUUUGUGGAGGGUAUCUUCUACCUUGCUAUUCCCGAAAACUCGUUUGGUGUAUGGGUGACCGGUGUGAUGACUGAGAGCCAUGCCUCCCUGAUACGCUAUAUGGCCUUGGUGGUAAUCACCUGGGCCCUGACCUACUUCCUGCUCAGGAACAGCACCGACUCCACUGUGCAGUCCAGCUUCAUGCUCUCCUUCCUUGCAAUGUUGGUGUGUAACCUGAUGGCAAUGGGAUACCUGAUGACUCACAAUCAAACCAAGGCCAAGGUCAAAAUAGAGGAAAAGGGGUUGUUCCUAUUGUUCUACAUGUCCCUGCUGGGAACCGUGGGCACACUGUUCCACACACUGUUUAUGAGGGACUGGGGAGGAUAUGGGGAGAUUGCCAGUCAUGCCAACCUGCAUACCAGGCUCCACUUUGUACUCCUGCUCCUGUCUGCAGUCCUCAGCUAUGCCCUGCCCUCCUGGUGCCUGAAAAUGGCUUUUCCGCAAGUGAAGUCAUUUGACACGGUACAUGUGCUGGUAGAGAGGGGUAUUGGAGCCAUUGCAUUCGGUAUGGCAUUUCUGGUGCUGAGGGUGCCCAACUUCCUGAGACAGAACGACAAGGAGGCUGUAUUGGCAGCACAGUGGCUGAUGAUGGUUGUGACUGCUUGCUAUGGUGUAUACCAGUACAUUACUGGGUGGAACAUUUACACUACUGGUCUCAUCGUAGUGGGAGUUAUCUUUGAUCUGAUUGUCUUUGCCAACAUCACAGGUGCUCUGGACAGAGACGUGUCUGUGUUCAAGCGAGUGGUUCUACCAAAGUUUCGAGCUAUACCAGGGGAUCUGAAGCAAUUCUUCAAAAUGAAGACUAUGUGAAUAUUCAGCAGUUCUCAAUUACAUCAGAGAUUGACAUGAUCAUGAGAAGAACUUAAAAAAACAAUUUUCGUACAUGAAAUGUCUAGCAAUCGCUCUGAUCUGUCAGGCAUUUUCAAAGUGUGUGGGUCACAUUGUUUUGGUGUUUUGCUAUGAGCAUUUUAAAUACAAACUGUUAACAAACACUUUGAAUUUUUACCUUACAAAUAUUUUGCUGUAAGUUUGAAUUUUUUUUUGAAGAGGGUUUUACCUUACAGCAGUAGUGGGGUAGCUGAUUCAAGUAAUGAUAAUAGGUUCAGCAGAAUUAAAUCAAUUUCUUCAUAAAGAUGGAAAUGGGAAACAAAAUAUAAUAUUUUUAUUUGUAAAAUGUUCACAUCAUUGUAAAUGAAAGACAAUUUGUUCCUACAUGUACUUGAGCAUUUCCAGUUUGCAGAACAAAUCUUUUUUCAAACAAGAAAAUCAACAAUAUUUGAUUGGAUGUUAGAAUCAGGUUUAUGAUGAUGUUUUUGAAUGUUAUGCAAUCAAAAAUACAAAAACAGCAAAUGAAGGCUUUUCGAUUUUGUAAAAUUUUUCAACGUUGAUUUAAUAUUUAUGAAUUUAGACUUAUUCCGAAUCACUGAAUUCUUGUCAUGUUUUAUUUGGCAAACAGAUGAUUAUAAUUGAAUUUUGUGUUCUUGAUUUAGAAAAUUUGGAAGAGUUUUGUUAUGGAAUUAGCUAAUGUAUUGUAUAUCAUGACAUUUUGCGAUUAAUGAAUAAUUGAAGUUCACUUUUCUUGUGCAAAUCAUAUCUUUUUUAAAUGAUAAAUGGAAUCUUAUUGAAAGCUUGUUUGAUUUUUUUAUUAAGAUCAAUAUUUGUUUGAGGAUAUUCAUGACUUGAUCUGUUUAUGUAUGUAGUUUUUGUAUACAUGAGUUCAGUGUUAGUGAUAUGUAAAUGUUUAUGAUACCCUUGAAGCUGUUUACUUGCCAUACCUUCUACAGGCAGCAACUCAUUGUGCAAUUGUCAUGAAAGGUUAGUUUUACUUGUUUAAAAACUUAAUGAGUUUGGACAGUCUUUUAUAUAAGCAAUAAAUAAUGUAUGUAGUCUAAUGACAACAAUAAUUCAAGCUAGUGGUUAAAUGUAUUACCAUAAAGAUUGUAUACAAUGUUUUUAAUCAGCAUGACAUAUAUUUUUUAAUGAGUUUUUCUUGGAACAAUUGUUCAUUUAAAAUGUUUUUAAAAAUCUCGUUCAUAUAAAUUUUAAUAUAUCCCGCUGUUUUAAUCAUUUAAUUAUUUUCUUAAAUGUGCAUGUAAUUUCAAUUAAAAUUUUUAUCCCGUAUGUCGAGGUCAUUUACAAUGUGUUGUUGAACUUUCAAAACUUUUGUAUUUUACAUAAUGCGUAUAUUUUUAAUAAACCUGUACAUCUA